GAGUCUUCACUCCAUCAUCACAUAAAGCGCGCGCCUGAACGUCACACACAGUCUGGCGAUGCUUUUGCGCCACUGCGUGUAUUCUGGACUAUAGCUAACACCAAAGUUUGGCUUUUGAUGCACUGUUGCCCGUCCUCUUCUUCAAAGGUAUUUUGAUGUUACCAAAAGAAAUCUCUGGAGGAGUGUGUUUCAGCGCAAGUCAGCACUCAAAAGACGGAAGGAACGGAAUGAAAACAGAAGAAAACCAAUCAUGUCUUCAGCAGGCCCCCUCUGCCACGCCUUACGAGCAUGUGGGAGGAGGCGAGGUGUGUGCAGGGUGCGAGUCUCCCAUCGCCGACCGCUUCCUCCUGCGCGUCAAUGAACUGUCCUGGCAUGAGACGUGUGUCAAGUGUGCGGUGUGUCGCAGCGCGCUGAGUGGGACCUGCUACUGCCGGGACCGCUUGCUUUACUGCAAGCAUGACUAUGAGAAGUUGUUCGUGCGGAAGUGCAGUGCGUGCCUGCAGGCGAUCGGGCGCUCGGAGCUCAUCAUGCGUGUCCUGGGGCAGGUGUAUCACCUGGGCUGCUUCAGCUGCUGCGAGUGUGAGCGCCGGCUGCAGAGAGGUGAUGAGUUUGUGCUAAAGGAGGGACAGCUGCUCUGCCGGGGAGACUACGAGAAGGAGAGAGAGAUGCUGGCCGCCAUCAGCCCGGCCCCUACCGAGUCUGUAAAGAGUGAGGAUGAGGAGGGCGGUGGUGUCUCCGUCGGGGGGAAGGCUGGGGAUGAUGGGAAGGAUCACAAGAGAUCCAAGAGACCACGUACUAUCUUGACCACGCAACAGCGUCGCGCCUUCAAGGCUUCAUUCGAGGUGUCUUCCAAACCCUGCCGAAAGGUCAGAGAAACUCUCGCAGCUGAGACUGGACUGACGGUGAGAGUCGUGCAGGUGUGGUUCCAAAAUCAGAGAGCAAAGAUGAAGAAGAUUGCUCGCAGACAGCAGCAGCAGCAGCAACAGCAGGAACAGGAGCAGAUGGGCGGCACCAGGAGAGGCCCGAGCAGAGGGGGGCGCCAGAGUAACGAUGACAGUGAGGACGGCUCCAGCAGUCACGGACUGGAUGGGUUGCUCUCAUAUUCCUCUCUGCCACGGCAACAACUGCUGGCUUUGGAUCCGAACAUAUACGGCAGCGAGCAAUUCCGACACGGGCUCACGCCACCACAGCUCGGCCCCGAGCAGAUGCACUCCUACGACUCAGAGACAGUUUUCCAUGACUUGGACAGUGAUGGAAGUCUCAGUCAUCUUGGGGACUGUCUCUUGUCGACCGCAGAUGGUGGAGUUCUGGCGGGCCGGAUAGGAAAUCCCAUUGAUCGCCUCUACUCGAUGCAAAACUCAUACUUUACCUCAUGACCCUGGUUCCACCUACCUAAAGCGCUCCUCCACCACUGCAGGGGGCAACAAACAGAGUUUCACUGGAGGCGUCUUUCAUCAGAACUAAUUGAGUCCCUCAAUCAUAUCUUAGUCGUGCCAAUAAAGCUCUAACCAGUCAAACUAAGACAUGACCAGACCCUAAAAAUUCAAUAUGACAUUGGACAGAAUAGGAAUUCACUGGAAUCUCAUGUUUUAUAUCACACAUAUGCACUAUUUUUUUUGUUCUGUAUUGCGCAAAAAAUUUUCGACAGUCAUAGGUGCAGACAUCAACAGGCAGCUGUUCAUGAAGUCCAAGUGUUACCUCACCCUCUACUCAAUGUAAAACUAACAAAUUGAUCAAGGCUGUAUCCAAAAUCUCCCCCUAUAUUCUCAUUCAGUGCUUGAAUGAUGAUGUAUUUUGUAGGCCAACCAAAAAGUUAGCGGUACCUCGAUAA